GCAAAAAAAACUAAAACGCACCCGAAUACAAAGUUCCUCCCCAUUUUCAAUGGUUGGAACGAAUAUUUUCUGCAGCAAUAAAAGCUGUGAAGCUUCAUAAGUUUUGAUGCUAGAUCUGCCUUUCAGUAGUUUGAGAGAAAUGUGGAAAAUUCGUGAAAUACAAGACCGAGUUACGAAUAUUGUGUACAACUAUACUGAAACUGAAGCACUUGUGCGGGAAGCUACAAAUGAGGAUCCAUGGGGACCUACAGGGCCACAAAUGAAAGAGCUCUCAAAACUAACGUACACAUAUGAGUUUUAUCAGGAAGUAAUGCAGAUGCUCUGGAAACGCUUGCUCGUUGAUCCUCAUAAAAGUUGGAGACGCGUUUACAAAAGCCUGCUUCUGCUGAGCUACCUCUUGAGAAAUGGCUCGGAACGCGUUGUAACAAGUACAAGAGAACAUUCGUAUGAUUUGAAAGGACUAAAGAAUUAUUCUUUCAUCGACGAAAUGGGGAAAGACCAAGGUGUGAAUGUUCGACAGAAGGUGAAGGAAUUAAUUGAAUUUGCUCACGACGACGACAGACUUCGAGAUGAGCGACGUAAAACUCGAAAAACAAAGGAUAAAUUUAAUUCUAUUUCGAGCGAAAGUGAGGGAAGGGAUUUUUCGAUUAGCUCUUUCCGCGAACGAGAUCCUUCUCCGGGCUUCAAGAAGGAAUCUAACUACAGAAGUGGUGGAUUUAGAGAUAAUAGCCCUUCGCCUUUACCAGAUGAACGCGAAACUGAAAAGAAACCCAACUAUUCGAACGGGUCGUCGUCUGCUCUUGGAAGUAACGGAACCACUCGUCUUACUUUGCCUAAAAGCACAAUCGCUUCGUCAAAGAAAAAAGAAGCCGAUCUUAUUGGUCUUGACUCAUCACAACCUAAGUCCGAUUUUGGCAACUUGACAUCGCAGAAAACAGAGGCUGAUGAGUUCGGAGGCUUCAUUGAUGCACCAACAUCCACUAGCAGUAUAAAUAGACCGCCCCUAGUCAGUAGUCAAAGUUUAAUUGAGUUCAAUGCAUUCGGAAAUGAGAACGCACCAUUUUCCCAUGUUAAUACCUCUCAAAGUCCAAACUCACAGCUGAAUUUUGCAGAAUUUCAAGCAGCUAAUAGUACAGAACCCACGGAGAAAGCAAAUAGCGAGGAAUUUUCUCUGUUUGCUACAGCUCCCAUCGUUCAGAAUGCCCCAAGUCCAAAUGUGCAAGUUUUAAGCGCACCGGCUUCGGCACCGAUAAUGCAAAACGAACCUCCAUUUGAUCCCUUUCAGUCGGUUAAUGCUCCACGGGCAGCUAUGAAUCAAAAUGUAAUGCCCAGUCAAACAAUACAACCUGUCAACUUGUUUUCAAGCGCACAAACACCGCAGCUUUCGGCCCCACCGGCUUCAAGUUCGAAUUUUGACAUGCCUUCUCAGCCAAUUCCGUUUCAGCAACCAGCACCUUUAAAUGCUCAGCCCUUGAUGCCCCAGCAGACAAACCAACAAGCCCAGACUAGUAAUGGCACGCAAAAUCAAAAUGCUCAAAGCAGUCCAGCCGUCCAACAAAGGGGUCAAACAUCAAACAUUGGCUCAACCUGGUCGGGAACGAAAGUCGACAUUGAUCUGUCAAGUUUAAAUAUGAGUCCCUCGAAAUCAAAUAAAACCCAAGGUCCCAGUUUGAACUCACUGAAGGCGUCAAACAACAAUUCAAGCGGCCAGAUCGAUAUGAACUUCUUUGGAUCUCAGUCAACGCAAAAUCAUCCUGCGAGUCAGUUCCAGAACUCGCCAAUUGCUCAGCAGCAGCCAUUCAAUGUGUUCCAAAACUAAGAACUAUCUGUAUUAAGGACUGGAUUUAAGCCCAAUUUGCCAAAUUUGCGGCAGCUUGAACUCGUAAAAAAUAAUCAAACUGUAAAAUACAUAUCGAUUGGGUUUAUACACGAUUUGAGUUUUUAUGGGUCACCACUGAAGAUUUACUGUUUGUUUUAUUUCCUGAGUAGCUUGGCUGUACUGGAUGUUAUGGAAAAUGUGAAGACGUACAUUAAAAUAAAUGAUUCUGAUUGUUUGACCAUUGAUCAUUUUACCAAAAGUAAUCAGGUAUGGACUGAGCCUCGGUGUGAUUUCCUUACAUAUCAAUGAUUAAUCUUAUCGCUUUGAUUGUUGCCAUCCUAUAUAUAUACUGUUUGUCGUGAUGCACUCUUUAAUUGUGUUUACUCAUUCAACCAUUCUUGGUUCGAUCAUUCUUUUUGAGUACAGGUUCGAUUAUGAAUAUUCAUUUUGUCCCCAAAAUUCCCCCAAUUUUGGGGACAGUGUGCGCUUAAUUUCAUCUCUGUAGUUUAAUUGUAUCCCUUACCUAUUCGAACAAUCUUUAAUUUUAUAUUUCCUGCACCAUAAAUCACGUUUUCUGAUUUCGCAAACCAAUAGUAGUUUGUCCUCGCCCUGUGCUUGAACUGUUUCUCCGUUCACUCUAGAAAUUGAGAAUUUUCGAUUAAUACUGAUUUUUUAAUCUGCCCAGUGAAGAGGCUUCAAGAAUGCCAAGAACUUGUGAACUGGAAACUUCCGAUGAGUUAAAAAAUAAAACCAUUGUAAAUAAGUGAAGAAAAUGUAAUUGAUCAAUGAAUUUAUAUACUACGUAG